CAUACACACACAAAUGCACACAAACAGUAACAGCGCGAUCGUGUCACCUUCUUUUCGCGUUUUGUUUGCACUGAUUGUAAACAAAUGGAAGACUGUUCGAUGUUGCCUUGAAACUGUUUGAGAAUUCGUCAGCAGAAUAGAUAGGAUGCGCGAUCAUGUCAAAAGUGACAAAAAUGCACAUUGAUGACUACAUAUUCUUUCAUAGGCAUUGUGUUUCGAACGGGUCUUCUCUGCUUAUCUCACCUUAUGAGCUGUCAACCGACGAAAAGAAGUUUGUUGUUGCCUAUUUUUAAACUUUCCGUCAUCUCUUUUUUUUAUACUUUUUCCCUUGUCGUCGUUAAAAUGUCAUGUCAAGGUUUGAUACAAAUAUAAGAAUUCACCGAGCUGAAGCAAGGUUAUUUUUUAUGGUUCUUCUUCCUUUCAACGCAUUUCUUUCAUCUAUUCUCAUCGUUGCAGACUUGAAUGUUUCAUCUACGCACCUCACAACUAUUGUGUAGGAUCAUCUCCUUAAAAAAUGCCACUGAUACCGCUGUUGAUGAUGCCAACGAUAUUGUCACUGCUGCUGGUAGUUGUUAUACGACUGAAGCUGAUCGACCGACAGUACCUAUAACAGACAAUCCAUGCAGAGAACUCUUACCGCAUAAAUACACAUCUUAUCAAGCGAUUCCCAUGGCUGAAGAAUCCUAUGCAACUUCUGCAGCUUCGACAGUACUCAAGACGGAAGCAAUCAUCUCUGAAACGCAAGUGCAACAUGCAUUCGAGUUCAAUAUUAUCCUUAAAUAUUCUAUAGAAAUGAUUGCUUCCUUUAUGCUGAUUUUGGGCAAUCAAAUUGUUAAUGUUCGCUUCCUUGGUCAGCACUUGGAUUCUGAAAUCAUGGCUGCAGUCUGUUUGGGAAAUAUGUUUGCUGCUAUCACUGGCUAUUCCAUAGGACAAGGCAUAUUGACAGCAAUGGAUACAUUAGUAGCUCAAGCCUAUACAGGCGCAAAAAGUGAUCCAACCGUUGUAGGCAUCAUUUUACAACGAGGGCUUAUUAUCAUUAGUCUUUUUGCCGCUUUGAUCACAGCCAUAUGGUCUUGUGCUGAACCUAUCUUACUUUAUUUGAAUCAAAUACCAAGAUUGGUCUCUAUAGCACAAACUUAUCUCUUACUGUGCAUACCCCACAUGUAUUUAUAUUUUUUCUUGGUUUGUACCAGAAAGUUUUUGCAAGGCAUCGGCGAGAUGAAGAUCAUUAUGUAUUUGUUAUGUUUCGCUUUUCCAUUGAAUGUUACUUCCAACUAUUUUUAUUUUGUCUAUAUGGAUCUUGGUUAUAAAGGUGCUGGGUAUCAUCUAAUCACCACGGCUGUAGCCUAUACUGUCCUAUUGCUUUAUCUCGUGUAUGCUUUUACCGAUGCGCGCAAAUACUGGCCUGGCUUGACAAUGAAACCAUUCCACCAUUGGGGGCAAUUCUUAAGAUUAGGCCUCCCUGGUAUGUUGAGUAAUACAGAAUGGGCUUUUGAAAUCUGUGCUAUCGCAACAGGUGCAUUAGGUAAUACAAGUUUAGCCGCUCAAUCGAUAGUGUUAUGUUGCAUUUCCUUCCUUUUGACAGUUCCUGGUGGACUAUCGACAGCUUUAGCGGUGCGUGUUGGCCAUCAUUUAGGAGCCAAUCGGGCUCAACAAGCCAAAUCUUUAUUUAUCAGAACAGCGGCCGUUGCUUGCUCCUCGGUGAUCAUCAUUUCAAUCAUUUUAUAUGCUGUUCGAGGCCACAUUAGCUAUUAUUUUACGAAGGAUGCAGAGGUUAUUCAAGCUGUCAGCGAUCUUUUAACCAUCGGCAGUAUCGCCCAUUUCACAAUAGGAGUAGGUAUAGUCUCUUCUGUUACGUUGAAUGCUCUUGGGAAACAGCAUUUGGUUGCUACUUUCAACAUUAUUUCCUAUUAUAUGAUUGGCCUUCCUUUGGGUGCGUAUCUGAUGUAUUUAUCAACUGCUACUACGUCGUCCUUCGCACCAACAGGCCACUUUUAUGCAGCCAAUAGCAACAUAGACGGUGUGAUAGGUAUAUGGAAGGGUAUCGUUCUGGCUGGUAUCUUGAAAGCCUUCUGUGAAGCUUCUGUAUUAUUAUUCUUUAUAGACUGGGAAAAAGAGUGUAUGCGUGCAGCUCUCCAUGUAAAACUAUCAAAGUAGCAUUGCCUCGUUUUUAUGUACAAGUAAAAUGGAUCAUUUACUGUUUUAGUAACCUACGAAUACAUUAAACAACGACCUACUCCCCUCCUACAUCAGCAACAAUUUGUCUACGUGGAAAGAUAUUUUUUGAAAAAUUUCGUGACUAUUCAAACAUU